UUUAAUGUUUGUAAGGAUUAUAAGUGUUGUGUCCUAGUUCCGUGUCGCGUCUCGCGAGUGAAUAGUGAACAUUUUAAAGUCAAGAAAUUUAACGAAAUUGAGAGUAAAACUUUAAAAGAUUUGCUUCAAUCACUAUUUGAGCGAACUCGAGCAAUUUGAUUUCACCGUGCAUAAUCUCCAAUGUUUUGAUAUCUGGUGUUUUGUUUUGCUCGCGAUCUUCUUACCGCAUCCCGUGAUGUAAUUGUUCACUGGGGGAAAAGGAAAACGAAAUGCAACGCGAUAUAAACAGUGGUGACAUAAAAUUAGAACGUAAUACAUAUACACGCACGCACCGAAGACUGUGUGUUUUAGCUGCCGGAAUCAUUAGUGCCCGUUUUGCGACUAUAAAUAGCUUGGCUACGCAAGGCUGAUCAAAAAUUGCUCUUUCGUCAUAAACAGAUUUUAUUUCGCUUCUACUUUCACCUAUUUCCGGCAGUCUUAGUCAGCGACUAGUCUGAUGCGAUCUGCUGAGCGGCGUUGUGGUUUUAUCUGAGUUGGAAGUAUUAUUGAAGAACCGCUGAAAAAUGUUGCCACCAGAGGAAGAUCCGCCAAUUAUUGGGGAUUGGCACCGUGAGAAGCGUUUGGGAAGCGGUGGUUUUGGAGUGGUUACGUUAUGGAAAAACCAAAAAACCAAAGAGGUGGUCGCCAUAAAGAAAUUUCACAUUCUUCAAGACAGAAGCGAGAUGACCGACAAAUACUGCGAGAGGUGGCGCAACGAAGUGAACCUGAUGACGAAUACGGCCCAUAAUAAGAAUAUCGUUCGAACGGUGCAGAUUAAACCGGAAGGAUUCUUGAGUGAACUGAUGAAAAAUUCCGCAUCUAAAUUGCCCAUCCUUUGCAUGGAGUAUUGUGAGGGCGGCGAUUUGAGGCGAGUACUGAAUCGCGCUUCCAAUUGCAGCGGGUUGCGCGAGCCAGAGAUAAGAGAAAUUCUACGCUCACUCAGAAAUGCAAUUUCAUAUUUGCAUAGCUUGAAAAUAACCCAUCGGGACGUAAAACCAGAGAACAUUGUGUUGAAAGUCGAAGAAGGAAAGGAAGUGUACAAGCUAACGGAUUUGGGAUACGCCAAAGCUCUGGACAAGCAGAGUUUGAAUGCCAGUCUCGUUGGAACUGUGGAGUAUAUUGCCCCCGAUUUGAUUUGUUGUGAUCGGUACAGCUGUUCCGUGGAUUAUUGGUCGAUGGGCAUAAUUGGGUUCGAAAUUAUAUGCGGCGUGCGUCCAUUUAUUCCCCAUGCCCAGCUGGCGAAAUGGAUGACGUAUGUUCAGCAGAAGAAGUCAACACACAUCGCUAUCACGGAAGACAAUCGGGAUAACUACACUUAUCAUAAUGAGCUCUUUCCGGAGAACUAUAUUUCCAGUUGCUUGAAAAAGUAUUUGGAAAGCUGGCUUAUGCUUGCGUUGGAAUGGAAUCCCAAACAGCGAGGCUAUGCAUCUCAGAUUGGCACAAAUGAGGUUACCGAGCAACAGUUGAAAUCUGUUAAAUUUGCUGACGCAUCGGGCCAACCGGUUCAGGUACUAAAGGUUUUCUCCAUGCUAGAUGCCAUCCUGGACAGAAAGAUUCUGACGAUCUUCUGUCUAUACACAUGUCGUUUCAUCAGCGUUGCAAUUGAUGAUUCGAGCGAUUUUGAAAUAGUGCGAAGUGCCAUCCAAACCAACACCGGAAUUGUGCCGGAUGAAAUGCAGUACAUUCUACCGAUUGAGCAAAAGCUCGACGGCAUAACCGACAGCACAAAGCCAAUCGACCUGUUCAUAACUGAUUUCUACGAGAAACCAAUGCUCUUUGUGGCCAGAAAGGGUUUCAUUAUUCGGUCCGAUCUAAAACCGGAAAUACCGAAAAGUGUGUCGGAUAUCUUUCAGAAUAUUAAGGUGAAAUUAAAGCCGCAUGCUUUGAGGCAAUUCGCCGGUAAUGCGUACCACUUCAUAACGAACGAGCAACGAUUAUACGUGACCGCUUUGGAUGGGAUUAAGAACUAUGGCUUGGUGCUGAAUGAAGAGAUAGUCAAAUACAAGGACGAGGUGGGACGCAUGAAUAAGAUUACUUAUGGCGUCAUGGGAGGUUUGGAGUAUCACAAGUUGACUCUAACGUAUACAAAGGAAAAGAUGCGCGGAAAACAGAUCCCAGUAAACAUUAUAGACCAAUCAUUCACCCUGUGGGAAGAGCGGUGCGGCCGUAUGGAGUCCAAUGUUCUGAAGCUUCUGGAGGUGGCCGACAAAAUCACCCGGCGGUACGAAUCGGUGCUGAAGAGAAGCCGCGACGCGGUUUACCACCAGCUGCUCAAGGAUUACGACCAACAGGAUUAUUUCAAUCUGAAGGCGCUGGCCAGUCGGUUUGAAAUUGUUCGGGUACAAAUACUGGAGAAAAGUACACACGAAAAAUCGCAUAUCGAUCUGCUGCAGGCAGUUUACGAAUGUCUCAAGAAGCGGGACGUUUUGCUGCGUGAUUAUUCGUUCAAGGAGUUGCAACAGCAGCUGGUUGACAUACGUAGCGAGAUGCAGGAGAUACGAAAAACAAUGGGAAUGGCUUUGGAACAUGGAGAAAAGUUCAAGAAGGAGCUCGCCAAAAUGACGCUCGAACAUAACGACAAUAUCUGGAAUCUAAUGCAAAACUUAGUCAAGAGCAAUCAACCAGUUAUUCCCGACAUAGAGCGAAUAAUGGAUGUCAUGAGUUUGGGAUCCCCUAUUCUGAACGAUGGCGAGUUGCCGAAUUGUCCAAAAUUUCACGUCGGGGGAAGCGUGACCACUCUACAAGAUUCUCUAGGCGAGAAAUCGAUUAGCAAAAGUUUACUCUGUUUCGGAGAGGGACCCGAUGUGGAUUCUUUGAUAACAGCUAACGAUUCGCUUAUAAUGACGACGGAGGACUUAAUCCACGAUGGAUUCGAUUUAACGAAAUGAAUGGAUAGUAUUUGUUCUCUGAAACACCCAAUCCCCGAAUGUGAUACGUCAUUGGUCUUCUAGAAAAGUGCAUUUCAAAAGUUUUGUUGUAUUUUCUUAUUAUAUUUACAAGAUACAGUUUAAUAAAUAUGAAUCUAACUUACACACAAAA